CAGCUGACGGGAAUUUUUCUAAUGCGCAGAACUUGAGCCAUCCAGUUUAUUUCACAACAUUCUGUCCAAUUUCCUUAAGUGAACUGACUCUCUAUCGCCAAACUGGAGGCCACACGAGUUAAGGAGUCGCCUGAGAUGUGCGACGAAGAGUCUUUCGUGAUCCUGGGAUCGACGCCGACGCCCUCGAUGGAGCAACUGGCGCAAUCCUACGCCACAGAGACGGCGUCCGGGGUGUUUUCCUCGCUACCGGAGGUUUCUGUGCAUCCGGAGGUUAAGAUGCCGUCGAUCAAGAGUGAAGACGGUGCUGUAGGCGGAGAGACUGUCAAGGAGGAGUCGAUGACCACAUCCAAGGCAUCUUCAGACACUGUGGACAGCGUGAAGGCCGCGCUGGACGCUCCUCUGCCUCCGGACGAUGGCAUCCUCACUCCGCCAGACUUCCAGCUCAACUCCACAGUGACGCAGAGCCUGGUGAGCUGGCCAGAGGCAUCCCCGUCGCUCUCCACCAGCCACUUCAACAUCUACAGCGAGUUCCCGAGCAUGAAGGGGCAGAACAUCGCCUCCCAAGACCUGUCCAAGCUGGAGAACUUCUACUGCGAGCACAAUCAGCUCAAAGAGAACCUCCUGAAUUCCAAUCGCUGCCUGCGCCAGUACUUCGCGCUGGCCGAGAAGUGGCAGAAUGAGAUCCGGGAGUUCAAGCGGCAGCAGGAUGUGUACCAGACGCACGUCGUGGGUGAGAAUGAGCGUCUGCGCGGCGUCGUGGAGCAGCUGGAGGCGCGUCUGAGGGAGAAGAAUGCCGAGCUGGAUGCCAUUCGGGCGGAGAACAGGCAGAGCAUUGAGGCGCUGUCGGAGCAGCACGACCGGGAGUUACAGGCGCUGCGCGUGCAGAUGGAGGAGCUGAAGGUGGGCGAGCACGAGAGGCGCUCGUCGGUGGACGCCGAGCUGAAGUGGCGCCAGGAGAUGGCGCACAUGGAGUUCACGAUGAGCGAGAAGCUGCGCGCGGCGGAGGUGAAGGAGGGCCAGUUCCAGCAGGAGAUGGCCGGGCUGACGGAGAAGUUCAGCGCUGACAUGUACGAGAUGCGGCACAAGCUGGCCCAGGAGGUGGCCAGGGUGGCUGAGCUGGAGGGGCAGUGCAAGGUGUGGCAUGAGGAGAACGACUGUCUGCGCGUGAACCUCACGGCGGCGGAGGAGUUGAAUGCGAAGCUGCGCGCGGACGUGGCCGAGGUCACGCAGCAGGUGGAGCAGAUUGAGGCGUUCAAGAUGCAGUCGGAGCUGUUCAAGGCGGACUUCGAGGCGGAGCGCGCGGCCAGGACGGUGCUGGUGGGCGAGAAGGAUCAAUUGCUGGCGGACUUGAGAUUGCUGCAGAAUCGACACGAGCAGCUGAUCGGCGAGAUGGAGUCCAUGCGCAAUCCCAGAUCGGGUUACCCGCAUCCGGAGCCCCAGAGAAGUCAGUUCAGAUGUCCCAUCUGCUCGCGAUCGUUCACGGAUUUGAGCUCCUUGAACCGCCACAUCAACGAUUGCCUGGACAAUUCGUAGAUUUUCCACGUCAAAGCAUGGCAGAUUGUUUUUCUUUCGGCUUAUUCUCUGCUCCGGGGAAAUACUUGAGCUCUCGCGAGAUCCCGGAGCUUCGAAAAACUUUGUAUUUUGAGAGUAAAUCGUGACGCUUUUGCUUUGUAGCUUUUACGCGUGUGAUUCAAGGAUGCUCGAAUCACGCGAUUCCAUGAUGUUUUUCUUUCCUACCAAGACUCGCGAGUUUCUCUGAGACUCUGAAAAGCUUCUCUUUUUUAGAAUUGUAUUCCAUUUUUUGUCUUUAGUUUUUAGGGCAUAUUUUAUUAGAGCGAUUGCACUCGAAAAUUACUGGAAUUAUUGAGAUUGGUGAAAUUUACAGAAAUAUUUUCAUUGAAUAUAAAGAAAAAAAAACAGUUAGUCAAUUCUGGAGUGGACUAAAAAAGACUGAGGGUUUUGUAAGAAAGGGAUUGAAUUGAGAGGGAAAAUAAUUGAAUUAACAAUUUGAAGCUCCUUCGCUGAAAGCUCAAGAAUUUCUCCUCUCAAGUGACAAAUGUGUACGUAUAUUAUAUUCUUAUAAUGGAAUAGAAUAGAUUGUUUGACAAUUGAUCAGCAAUUCAGCAGUUUAGCGGGAUUGUCUUGUUGCUUUUCGACUUUGUUGUACAUAUAAAUAAGGAAGAGGUUUUGAGGAGUAUUAAAAGAACUUCAGAAUAAUGAUUGUUCCAAGAUGUCAUAAAUCUGCAAGUUUUUGCUUGAUUUUAAGAGAGGUUUGGAUGUUGAAUGAGCUUCUGAUGGUCAGGGAUUAAGAGAUGUUUUGCUAGAAUUCUCCAAACGCACUGAAAAGAUCUGUUUAGCUUCUGAUUUUUGAUGCAUUCAAUUCACAAAACACUGUGAUUUGGCAAUCUUACAGCUGCAUUUGACGAAGUUAAGCAUUUUUCUCACACUGACACCAAAAAAUUGUCUCGCUAAACUGCUGAAGUUGCAAGUUUUUACCUGGCAAGAAGAAGAAGAAGGAUUACGACAAGGUGAUUUGGAAAACACUUGAUCACAUUUUGAAUGCUGACAUUUAAUAAUAAUUAUUAUUUACAAAAUUGUAUCUUAUAUCAAUAACAUAAAUAUCUGUUCUUUCACUUGCAAAAAUAUGCUGUUUUUCUCUCUCCUCAAUUCGUUGUAAAAAUUGGCUCAAAGGAACUGACAAUUUUUGCUGAUUUGCAUUU